AUGUUGAGCACUCGCCCAGCCACACCGUUUCCUGCCUCGCCAGUUUUAGGUGAAGAGAAGAAAGAGUUACCUACUGUGGAUAACACCCACAAUACUCCUCCACCUAAAACUCGCAUACCCUCGAGGCUGCCAUCCAUCAGCACCCCUCGAGGCGCUUCUUUCCGUUCAAUGAGUGAGCGUCGGAGCAACGAGCGCCCUACUUUUGAACAUUCAUGCGGCCCGGUGCCAGCGAUCUUUCGGAACAAGAGGAUAGACAUGAAUCGGCUGAAGAACGUCGACCUCGACGAGGCUUUCGGACCGUCCAAAAGAAGGUCUAUCUCCGGUACCAGUCAAACGUUCGCCGGUUUCGUCGACCGCGGAUCUUCUAUCAUGUCGGCUUCCAGAUUACAGCCUACCGACCUCAUCCAUAAGCGCUUGAGCUGUUCUGUCAACGGCAGAUAA